GAAAAUUACAGGAGGUUGAUUUAACCAUAACCGACCUUGAGUUGUCCAGCCACCUUUAGGAACAUUCGCUGCAGUUGGCUGGCUACUUCGGCUCUGUUCCUCGUUUGAUGUCUUCAAACGGAUUUUGUCUUGGAAAAUUUCUUCCAGUUCCUCCUCUUCCAGACUCCAUUACUGUGGUCACACAUAUAAAUUGCUAGCUACAACAGCGGGUUUCCAAAAAUGCCAUAUUCUUCAGAAUAUGAUAUUCAAUGGCCUCCAAAUAGGUCUGACGUUUUCGUCGUUGUUUGGAAACACUAUGUUUACUUGUUCCGACUGGAACAAGCUUCAUCUGCAUCAGUGGAUUCAAAUAGUUUUAUUAUUGGUUCAAAGCUUAGAUUUCUGCUUUCCGUUCUGAAUGUUUGGAGUAACAAUGUAUCCCCACAAUGUGUAGCUUGGGUAUCCAGUAGCAAUAAACCAAACCUUGACGUAGUCCCAAAUCAUCUGAUUGCAAUCACCCAUAAUGUUGGGUGUGUCAAACUCAUGGGGCUCCCCAAUUGUGAUAUUGAGGAAGACAGAUUCGGUUUACAAAAUAAAGAACUAACACCUAGAUUUUCCAGAAACACUACUUUUCUUGUUUGGAACCCUUGGAAACGUAACUUGCUAGCCCAGGGUUUUGACAGGCCUCGAAACAGCAGAGAACCUUCUGUACUGAUAUGGGAUGUGACGAAAUACACUGGGUCGCGGCAUCCCAACGUGAAGUCUACAGAUCGAGGUUCAGUUUGUGCGAAUGACCUCCAUACACAUACAUAUUCACUCCCAUUUGCAAUAAGUGGUUCAGAUUAUAGUGCACCAGAUACUCAAGCUACGUCAUCACUUGUUUCGGUAUAUUCCUCAGUUGCGGAAAAAGAAUGGAUAUCUAAUACAACUACAUGUGAUAAACCUUUGUGUGAUUUAGAUCCGUCAAAAGUUUGUCAAAUUACUACAACUAGGGCAGUCUAUGGUUUGACAGUUGAUCCCUUAUGCAGUAAACGUUUCGCUUCAUUCUGUGAGCGUCAGGUUUCAUUAUGGAGAUUGGAUAAUUUAGAAAAGCCUGUUUAUACAUUUAUGGAGUCUGGUGAUGUUCUACAAAUCAAGUGGAGUCCUUUAAGAGAAGCUUGGCUAGGAGUUCUGGUAACAGAUUCUUGUACAGUUAAAUUGUACGACACAUACCCUAUGUUUUGUCAGUCUAUAGAAGAACCUGAACAGAUCCCGUUAGAAAGAUUGCUAUUUCCGUCCAGUCGAUCAAAUGUUAACCUGGUGGCAUUCAGUUGGCAUCCAUCAAAUGUAAACUGUCUACUAACUUUGAAUCGUGAUGGCUGUUUAAAUGUAGCUCAACUUGUUGAACGUCCAGCCAUUGGAUGGUCAGCUAAUCAAACGUUAGUAUGGUCAUAUACUCGUGAUUGGACUGCAUUCAAUUUAACAGGAAUUGUUAGCAGUAAUCUACAAACACUAAUGGAAUUUUUACAUGCAGUUAAUGAAAAUAAACGAUCAGAGAAUUCUGUUAAUAAUGGUAAUACUACAUAUAGUCUCUCAAAUGCACAAUAUCUUGCAAAUUGUCAGAAUAUUAAAAACAAAGAUUAUCAUAAUGAUAAUAUUAAUGGUAAUAAGUAUUGCCAUGAAAAACAAACAGCACUUCUUGUUCACUUGAAGCGUUGCAUGGAGUUGGAUAUUGCAGUCGUUAUGCGAAAACGUGCUGAACUAGGCUAUGGACUCGAUAUUACGGGUGCCACUUAUGUUGAGAUUGUCAAAGACGAUGUACAACUUCGAACAAUGUGGACAUGGAUAAAAUACAUUAAUGAUUACAUGGACGAUCCAUUGAUUCGACGGCAUUUGGAUGUGGAUUCAUCACAGUCAAACUAUACAUCAAAUCAGAGAAAUGGUAGUGAUAACAUUCCUUCGAAACGUCGUGUACCUUUCAGAGGUUCAGGUGUGAUUUCACUUUUAUGCGACAAUUUGUCAUCAUCUGGUACUAAAUUAACAAGUGAAGUUUUAAUGCAUGUUGAAUGGCAAGGAAUAGAUGUGAAAUUACCAUUUUCGCGAUAUCGGAGUCCCGAACGAUCACGUGUUUUACGUUUUUGUAUGUGGCCACUUGAUGAUACAGACGUUGUUCAGCGUCCUGUAUUCGAAAGUUUAUGCUCUGAAGGACAAUAUGAACGAGCAGCUGCAAUGGCUUUAAUUAAUUUGAAGUUUGAUUGGGCGUUAAGUUUUCUAAAUCGAGCUUCAUCAGAUGCCGAUAUCGAUCUAGUCGCAUUGGCUUUAGCUGGUUACACAGAUACAAGAAAUGAAUUAUGGCGAACAACAUGUGCCAACUUGAUAAAACACUUGCAAAACCCUUACUUACGUGUUAUGUUUGUAUUCUUAAGUCGUCAAGGUGGUGAUUUUCAAUCAAUAUUGAAUGACGAUGCCCUAUGUCUUAUUGACCGAGUCGCAUGUGCCUGUUUAUAUCUAAACGAUGAUGAUCUUCUUGUCUUCUUACGUUCAACUUGUAAUUCUAUGGUUCAACGUGGACAGUUAGAGUCGAUUCUACUAACUGGUCUCUGUUCAAAUGAUUUUAUUAACCUAAUACAAAACUAUGUUGAUACAACUGGUGAUGUUCAAUCGGCUGCAAUUGUUGGUUUACACGCUUGUCAGUUAUCAUUAAAUGAUAACUAUUCAAUGGUAAACAACGAAAAACGAACUGAUAUGAACGAUAAUAAUAAUAAUGUGAAUAAUUCACGUCAUGUACAAAUUGUGUUAAAUGGUGUACGGUCAUCAACUGUUGAUAAGAAAUUGUCCAUACCUUUAGGAGGAGGAGGAUAUGCAGGCCGUGGUUAUUCGUCUGGGGCGGGUACUAAUGAUCAACAACCUAUGAUUAUUAAACUUGGUGGGCUUAAAAUAGCUAAUUGGGUUCAAUGCUACCGUGACCUAUUAGAUCAGUGGCAAAUGUGGUUCUAUCGAGCUGACUUUGAUAUCACAUAUAAAUCACGUCUUUUAUCCGAUUAUUUAUAUCCCAGCACUUCUCGAACUCAAAUGUCUAGUUCAUUGUUGAUAUCAUCAAAGAGUGUUGAAGCGGAUAUGCCCACUACUAGUACUGUUUCUGGUACUGGUAGUAGUACUACUACCAAUAGUAUUGUUACUACUGUUUCUACAAACAACACUAAUUCUUCAUCAUAUAGUAGUAAAGUUCGAAAUUUUGGAUUUAUCGCUGGUGCUAAUCAAGUAUUUGUUGCUUGCGGUUUCUGUGGUUGGCGUUUAGAACCUCAAAGUAACAAAUUAAACAUGUUCAAUAUUAGUGGUGCUGGCAGUGGUGGUAGUAAUACUAGUAAUACCAUGAACAGUUCAUCCAUUAUUGAUACACCAUGUUCACCAACGCCGACGACAACAACAUCAACAAAUUUACAAAUGCAUGGAGGUGGUGGUAAAUUGACAAUCUGUCAGCAUUGUCGUAAACCAUUACCUAGAUGUUCAAUAUGUUUGAUGCAUUUAGGCACAUCGAUUCCAUUAAAUGAAUACAUGUCUGUUACCAAUGCUAUAAAGUCGGCUGAAUCAAUGUUUCAACAAACAGGAUUGAAAUCAACUGGUAAAUUAUCUGUUGAUUUCAUGAAUGCUAUGCAAAUCAAUACCACGAGUUCGUCCAUACCCCUGUCGGAGAACAAUGCUAUAAAUAAAAGUAAUCAAAAAAAUCUAUAUUCAUCACCUGAAAAAUCUUCAUCAAUCCCAAAUUCCAUACCGAUAGCUGAUUGGUUUGUUUGGUGUCAAGCUUGUAGACAUGGUGGUCAUGCUAGUCAUUUGACAGAUUGGUUUUAUGGAGAUUCGUUUGAUUUAGGAGAUAAUGGUUAUUCGAAAGAAUGUCCGGUCAGUGGAUGUCAAUGUCAUUGCGCUGCACUGGAUGUUAACCAAACACUUUCUCGACUAAAUUAUUGUCGUUCAUCUAUAAAUAGUCGUAGUCCAGAUUCAGAAGAAUCUAGUUCACUUGUUGAUAACGAACCAAUUGGAUGAUAAAUUGAAUUUUAGUACAGCACUUAAUCUCUGAUUUUUUCAGUGUUUUAUAGCUUGUAAAACUGUUCAUAAUUACUACCUUGAUUAUUCACAUUUACUUAUAUUCUUUAUUAUUUGCAAUGUACAUAACGAAUUCUCAGUUAUUUUGAAUCUGAUAAUUUUAAGGAGUUCUUUUUUUAAAUAUACCUCUAUUUUUCUAACCAACAUUUGGAUCGUUAAUACAAUUAUUUCUUACUUAUUUGUUUGUAUGAUGUUUAAGCGUAAUUUACCGUUUUUCUCAGCUUUGUAUUAAUCAUAACGUAUUAAAAUAGGCUUUGAUACGUACUUUAGUUUUUUGACGUCUCCCAGAAUGUUUCGUGACAUGAUACUACAUCCCACUAUGUUUAUCUCGUGGUGCCACCUAUAAAUUGAUCUAUUUUGUUCUGUAGAUUCUGCAAUACUAACAUAUGUUAGAGGAUUAAAAAAUCAACUAAUGUCAGCUC